AUGUAUGGUUUGAUUUUAGAGAAUUUAAGUCAGUAUAUAAGUUCUAUUUACGGAGACGACAAAUGGGUGGAAAUUCGGAAACUUGCUAAAAUUGACCCUCCGACGUUCAGUACUCAUCAAGUAUAUCCGGAUAAUUACAUACCACGCUUAACAUCCAAAGCUUGUAGGGUUCUUGGCGUUUCAGAACGAGAAUUCUUAGAAGCAAUGGGAGUAUUUUUCGUAUCCUUCGUGGGUCAAUAUGGUUAUGAUCGAGUUCUAUCGGUGCUCGGACGUCACAUGAGAGAUUUUCUGAAUGGUUUAGAUAACUUACAUGAGUAUUUAAAGUUCAGUUAUCCAAGAAUGAAGCCGCCGUCUUUCUUUUGCGAAAACGAAAGCACCACGGGGUUAACUCUUCAUUACAGGAGCACUAGAAGAGGUUUCUUAUGGUAUACCAUAGGUCAGAUUAAAGAAGUAGGUCGGCAUUUCUAUAAUACGGAAGUUGGAGUGGAAGUGAUAAAAGAAGAAACAAUCUUUGACAUGUUGCAUGUCACCAUGCAACUCAAUUUCGAUAAUAGAGCGUUUCAGACUGAUUUAAGACAGAAUGUGCAAAGAGUGGAAAGAUUUAUGCUACCUGUUAAAGCUGGGUUAUUUCUAGAGAUUUUUCCUUUCUGUGUAGUUUUCGAUCAAUAUUUGAUUAUUAGGACAAUUGGAAAUAGCUUACAAGCUGUCAUGCCAGAUACCGUUGGAAGGAAAAUACCAGAAGUAUUCGAUUUAACUAGACCUCUUAUAGAAUGCACGUGGACGGCGAACGGUUAUAUUAAUAAAGUAGACCCUCACGGUCUACUUCGGAAGCUGAUUCUAUCUGAUAUAAAAUAUGGAUAUAGGUUAAUAACUCCUUUAUUCGUUUUAUUUUUCAAAAAUAACUCAAUACAGAUACAUGGAUUUAUCCGGAUAAAGAAUGCUACAGAUGAGACUGAAACCUUAAAUGUUUUCGAACAAUGCUCGAAGAAAGUCAAGCUAAGAGAAUUACAGAAAAGUAAACAAUUAGAGGAAUCAAUGAAAAAAUUAGAUAUUGAGAUGAAAAGGACGGAUGAAUUAUUAUACCAGAUGAUACCAAAACAAGUUGCUGAUAGACUGAGGAAAGGCGAAGCGUCUGUAGAGACCUGCCAGUAUUUCGAUUCUGUUACAAUUUUAUUUAGCGACGUGGUUACAUUUACGGAAAUUUGUAGUCGCAUCACACCUAUGGAAGUAGUAUCGAUGCUGAACUCCAUGUAUAGUAUGUUUGAUCAAUUAACAGAAAAGCACGAAGUAUACAAAGUAGAAACAAUAGGCGAUGCAUAUAUGGUGGUUUGUGGAGCACCAGAGCACGACCCACUCCAUGCCGAAAAAGUCUGCGAAAUGGCAUUAGAUAUGGUUGUUGUUAUUGGAGAUUUGAGAGAUCCGUCUACCAACGACAGUUUAAGAAUACGUGUCGGUGUGCAUUCGGGUGCGGUUGUCGCCGGCGUAGUAGGCUUAAAAAUGCCAAGGUAUUGCCUAUUCGGUGAUACCGUCAAUACGGCUUCCAGGAUGGAAAGUACUAGUGAGGCUCUUAAGGUGCACAUCAGCGAAAAGACGAGAGAUCUUCUUAUAGAAAGCAAUUGGGAUAUAUCUGAGAGAGGAACCAUAACCGUUAAGGGAAAAGGUGAAAUGAAGACUUAUUGGUUACACGGAAGAAGAGGAAGAACGUCAAAAAUAGCAGAUAAACAAGAAGAAAUUAAACCUCCCUCUUUAGCACCCGUUACAGAAUCUGGAGAAACUCGUUCCCUCUAUUCUCCAGUUACAUUUGAUGAGGUUUCUCGGUUACAACCUCUUUCUCCACUCAGUACUGGAAGUAGCGAUUAUAAUAAUCCUAUUAUAGACGUUACGGAACCAUUAAAUCCUGCAGAUUUUCAACAAUCUUGGCCUAUACCGAAAGCGGUAGCUUGCCAGACAUCACCCCCUUUAGAAUCCGCAAGUCGUAGACUGAGAUUCACUGAACCAGAAUCAUCUCUUCUAAAUGGAGGUAUUUAUCCGGGUCGCGAUAUAGGUUGUCCUUGUUGCUGUAAACAUUGUCAUCUUCAGCUUCCCGAUAAUGCUAUUAGAAAAAGCAAACAAAACAUGAGAAAAAGUGGAAUAAAUGUCAUUCAUGUCACACCACGUGUACGUCAUCCCGAAUCCCCCGAAGAAAUUAUAAAAAGCAAUGCCUGCAAAAUAAUAUGA